UUUGACUUCGAACACAUAAGCAACCAUGUCGGCUUCUAGCGCGUUUCAGUCCAGCAAAAUUGUACCAGAUGUCAUCCCAUCACCACCCGCAAAAACUAUCACGCUGAAAUAUCCGAGUGGCGCGCAAGCUCAGCUUGGUAAUGAACUGACUCCAACCCAAGUGAAAGAUCAACCUACUGUCUCGUACGAAGCCGACCCUAACGCGUACUACACCCUCGUCUUUACAGACCCAGACAAUUACGAUGGUCCCGAACUGGUAUACCGUGAAUGGCACCAUUGGUUGGUGGUAAACAUCCCCGGUAGUGACGUAGCGUCUGGGGAAGUCCUCUCUGGUUAUAUUGGAUCUGGGCCUCCGGAAGGCACCGGUAUCCACAGAUACGUCUACAUUCUGUAUAAGCAGCCGAAGAAAUUGAGUUUCGAUGAGAAGAGACUUAGUAACAAAUCCAUUGAAGGCAGAGCCGCGUUUUCCACCAAGAAGUUCGCUGAGAAAUACAACCUGGGAACCCCCGUCGCCGGCAACUUCUACCGCGCACAGUUCGACGACUAUGUGCCACUUCUAUACAAGAGCUUGGGGGCUUAAAAUCUAGACACGAUUGCACCAGGUUUCAUGAAAUGAUAUUAUAUUUAUUACUUACAACAGUUACAUAUGGACAGGUAUAUUGUUUGAACAGUUUGACAAAGUAUGGUGUGCAAAUAUCGCUUUAUUUUAUUUAUUUUUUGAACAUAUUGACAAUGUUUUUGUGUAAUUUAUACGUUAUUAAAAGUU